UUUGAAAAAUAACUUCUGAGUUUGAAAAAUAUCUUCUGAGUUUGAAAAAUAACUUCUGAGUUUGAAAAAUAUCUUCUGAGUUUGGAAAAUAACUUCUGAGUUUGAAAAAUAUCUUCUGAGUUUGGAAAAUAACUUCUGAGUUUGAAAAAUAACUAAUAAUUGUUAGAAUGGAGUUUGCAACAUAUCGACAUGGCAUUCCAGUUAUCUAUGGUUCAAGCUUAAAACAAAAACAAAAUUUUUACGAAAAACCGUUCUAUUCUAAAUUUUUAAGCGUUUAUAAAUCAAAUGAAGAAGAAAAUUUGCCUAAUUUUUAUAACAUAGAAAAUAUUUCCUCUAAAUUUUUCAAAAUAACUUUACCAAACACUGAAUCUGUUUUUUUUUCCAUUAGUACAUUGUUAAUCAAAAUGUAUUGUGUUGUGGAGACGCUCGAAGAUGAAGGGAAGUUCGUGACGGCAGUUCCCAAAAAUUGGGUCAUCGAUGGAACGAAGCUAUUAUGGCCAAAGUCGGAAAAAUUGCAACACAGCAUCGGAUGAUUGGCAAAGCAUAGCAUGCAAAUUAAUAUUUGAUGACAUCGGUUCCUGGGAGGAAGCAGUUCAGAAGGAAAAGGAUGCCGAGUAUUUGUCUUCUUCUGAAGAAAAUACGGAAGAAGAGACCAUCAUCGACACCAAUUCUUCGGAAUACAUGACAGAUCUGAACAAAUUGAUGUCAACUUUGAUUCCUAAUUCUGACGUUUCCCCGUUCACCCCCCCAAAUGAAGAUGUUACCAUCACUAAUGUCAUUUCCGAGUUAUACACGCAUGAAGGCCCCAGCACCAGUACCCAAUUCAAGGAACUGUCGUCCAAAAUAGACGAAAUUUUGGAAAGACAGCGUUCCACUGAGGUGAAGGUGCAGGCCAUGCAAGGAAUGCUGGAGGCAUUCAUGGCGAAGUCCGAAGUUUCGGUCAAUUUGUUGGCGUCCAAAAUUGGAAAAGACAAUGCAGAGGAAGUGGAUGAGGAACUGCAACUUGAUGAAAUUUUCCCACUUACCUCUGUCCAAAAAAUUGAGGAAAUGGAGGAAAAACUCCAUCAAAAUGGAUUGUUAAAAAAAAAAUUGGUCCGUAAGUUGGGCUCAUAUGGGGGGGUCAACGGAACGAAAACGAUCCCCACUAUAUGCAAGUGCAUUUUUACAGAUGCACUACUGGCGGAACAUUCUUGGCUGGGCACAAACGCCAAAAGCUUCAGCCAAUACAAGUUUUUAUAUAAAACUAUAAUGGAAGCGGUCCGAACAAGGUUCCCCACUUACAGUGAAGCCGAGGGUGCUUCAUUUUUCAAAGCUUUUUUAAAGCAAGCCCCAUUUCGAAUGGGAAAACCGUCCACUUCCAACACCAGCUCCUCUGCCUCUGACGGGCAAUCCACGACAUAG